GAAGCGGCACGUUCAAUCCGGAGCACGGAUCCGUACGCGCUCACCCUCAGCGAGCGGCGGCGGCGGCGGCGCCGGCAGCACUCCUUAAAAACAGGUCUACGGUGCGGCGCCCGGACCAGAAGAAGGACACCAGCGGCACGAUGCGCACCAACGCCACAGCUCAGCGCCGCUCGCCUCCCGCGGCCCUCCUCCGGGCGCCCGGAUUGCUCCGAAUCGUCCCGAUGCCGUCGAUGCUGCCGCUGCUCCUGCUACUCCUGGCGGCCGCCGUAGCGCUCCUGGCCGACACCGCGGCUGCGAACCCUUCCAUCGGCGACGUCAUCGGUCAGAUCAGGGAGCGCGCAGCCGCCAACGCCGCUGCUGCCGCGGAGGACGGUGGCAGGACCACGUCCGCGCCUCCCAACAAGACCAGGAACGAGCGGAUACUGGAGCAGUGGUCCAAGUUCGAAAUUAACCUGCAGGACCUGGUGGAUAGCGUGAUAAGGAAGGUGCUGCCGACGGUGAUACGGCGCAGCUCCGAGCUGGAGGUGUCUCCGGACUGCCGCGACGCCCUGCUCAAAGUGGUCUUCGGCAUACGCCAGCUCAAGAGAUGGGCCUUCCAAUUCCUGGAUGCGGCGGGCAAGCCGGCUGGCGGCAUCCUGACGGGCACGCUGACGGCCUUCGGUUCCUACGACCAGUGCGUGGCCAUCGAAGCUCGAGACUCGCCCCAGGAGGAGCCCCGGUUCACGGGCCGCUACUGCACGGUCGAGCUGCGGCCGCCGAUUCCGAAGCGGCCGCGCUACUACACACUCCACGAUCAGGUCCAGCUGUUCGACAACAUCACCAGGACCAAGGUGACGGGAGAGAUAGCCGAGAAGAUGCACUUCUUCUACUUCCUCGUGUACCGCUACGGAGUGUGCGUGCCUUCCACCUGCCGACGGGAGGACGUCGAAACAAUCGCCGCCAGCCUCGUCAAGUCCGCAGAGUUUGAAGUCAAGGUUUCCAACUGCGAAGUCAAGGAGGACAAUGCGAAGCUGAACGCGGACCAGACAGCCAUCGUGUAA